AUGGUGAAGCAGUCAAUGGACAUCAGCAUGAACAACAUCACUGAGCUGCCUGUUAAUGUCUUCAGAAACCUGCCCUAUCUGGAAGAACUACGUUUGGCUGGUAAUGACCUUGCAUUCAUCCACCCAGAGGCUCUGUCUGGCCUCCAUCAGCUUAAAGUUCUGAUGCUUCAGAACAAUCAGUUGAAGACUGUCCCAAGCGCAGCUCUCAAGAAUCUCCCUGCCCUGCAGUCUUUGCGGUUGGAUGCUAACCACAUCACGUCAGUGCCUGAGGACAGUUUUGAGGAUCUGCAGCAGCUCAGGCACCUCUGGUUGGAUGACAACAGCCUGACUGAGGUUCCCAUUGGGCCCCUACGGCACCAGAGUAACCUGCAGGCUCUGACGUUGGCCCUCAACAGGAUCACACACAUCCCCGACAAUGCCUUUGUCAACCUCUCCAGCCUGGUUGUAUUGCAUCUUCACAACAAUCGGAUCCAGGAGAUUGGGAAAAACUGCUUUAAUGGGCUGGACAACCUGGAGACACUGGAUCUAAACUUCAAUAAUCUGAAGACCUUCCCAGAGGCCAUUCAGACGCUGCCCAAGCUGAAAGAACUUGGAUUUCAUAGCAACAACAUUGCAUCCAUCCCUGAGGGAGCUUUCCAUAGAAAUUCCCUGCUACGCACAAUCCAUCUUUUUGACAACCCACUCUCCUUCGUGGGAAUCACUGCUUUCCAGAACCUGUCAGACUUGCAGUCUUUAAUGCUACGUGGUGCCAGUAUGAUGCAAGAUUUCCCCAGCCUGACUGGAACAAUGAAUCUAGAAAGCCUGACUUUAACAGGAACUAAAAUCAGAAGCAUCCCAGCAGACCUGUGUGAGGAUCUGACGGUGCUACGCACACUAGAUCUUUCCUAUAAUGAGAUCGAAGACCUGCCGUCCUUUCAGGGCUGUGUUGGACUGCAGGACAUAAGUCUACAGCAUAACCAAAUCCAGCAGAUAGACCGAGGAACUUUCCAGGGCAUGACCAGCCUUAGAGUGUUAGACCUGAGCAGAAACCAGAUCAAGUUCAUCCACAGAGAUGCUUUCCUUUCUCUCAGCGCUCUCACCAGCCUGGAUCUCAGUCUGAACUCCCUAGCUAGUGUUCCUACCACAGGACUGAGUGCACUGAACCAGCUUAAACUGACAGGAAACGUGGAGCUGAGGAACGGCCUGAUGUCUAAGAGUCUGCCUAAACUCAGGUCCAUAACGGUUCCCUAUGCCUACCAGUGUUGUGCUUUUGUGUCUUGCGACAGUGCAGUUAACCCAGCACAGGAUGACGAGCGGAGAAAUGCAUUUGGUGGUGAGGAGGAGAUGGAAAGGAUUCCUCUGGUCAUGCACUGCUCACCAUCACCGGGGGCAUUUAAACCCUGUGAACACUUGUUGGGAAGCUGGAUGAUCCGAUUGACCGUGUGGUUCAUCUGCCUGGUGGCGCUCCUCUUCAACUGCCUGGUUCUUGCAGCCACCUUCUCCCCACGCACCUCCCCUCACUCCCCGGCCCGCCUCCUGGUUGCACUCCUGGCCUCUGCUAACCUGCUGACAGGGGUCUAUGUGGCAGCACUGACACUCCUGGAUGCGGUCACCUGGGGCUCAUUUGCCGAGUACGGUGUGUGGUGGGAAACAGGUGCUGGGUGUCAGGUUGUGGGUUUCCUCGCUGUGUUUUCAUCCGAGUGGGCCGUCCUGCUGCUGGCUUUAGCUGCGGUGGAGCGUUGCUUGGCUGUGAGGGCUCUAAUGGGGAAGGCAGGAGCUCUGAGGUCCAGUGGCCAAAGGAGGGAAAGACGAAGGAGAUUUGGUAUCACAGCACUCUUGUUGGGAUUGGUAUCUGUUGCAGCGGCCUGCCUCAGUCUGUAUCAUGGAUCAGCCAUGGGCUCUCCUCUCUGCUUGCCUUUCUCCGGAGGUCCCGGACCAGGCCUGGGGUUCACAGUGGCUCUGGUGCUAAUGAACACACUAGCGUACCUGCUGAGCGCGGUGGUCUAUACACGGUUAUACUGCAGGUUGGGCCGUGCCCAGCUGGCUGACCCAGAGCAUGCUGGGUCUGUGAGGCACAUCGCCUGGCUGAUCUUCACCAACUGCAUCUUCUUUUGUCCGGUGGCGGCUUUCUCUUUCGCUCCCCUGCUGGCCGGGACCAGUAAUGCAGUGGGCGGACCAGAGAUGGCCAAAUCAGUGACGCUCAUAUUCUUUCCGCUCUCUGCCUGCUUGAACCCCGUGCUCUACGUCUGCUUCAGUCCCUCCUUCAGAUACGACUGGCUUCGCCUUAGAGGACGGGGGCGGGCCGCAAACAGACCGGAAGCACUUUCUCUCUUUUCACACUUGUGA